AACAGCGCCGGCCGAAGAGAAAUGGUGAUAAACAAAAGAGCGAUUUAAACACACUCGCUCUCGCGUAGGCAAAGGAGCAGCCGGAAGGAGGACUACUCUUCCAGUGAUGCGGGCCACUGCCACUGCAUCAACGCCGUGUGAGGCAAAGUUAUGCGUUCCCAGUAGCGGGCGGAGAGCCUAUUGCUGCAACAGCAGGGCGAGAACUACUGCAGUGUCCUAGGAAGCGCUGCAGGAGGUGAGGAGCUGGCUUGUCUGUAGAGGGCCAGUUCUUUUUGGGACGGAGACAGCAGCGGUUUCCGCUGAGAGAAAGAAGGGAUUGCAAGACAAACAGCACUUUUUCCGAUUGCAGAGUACGCUCUGAGACUCAUAUUCAAAGAAAGGCAGCUUUUUUACUCCGCUAUUAUUAUUUUGAUGGCAUUCAAAGUCAGAGGGUAGUAAAAUCUUGGUAUUGAGGUUAAAUUACUACGUUGGCACUUUGCAGUUUUGGGUUGCAGUUUGGGCACUCGGUCUCUAAAAGGUUCACCACCACUGCCCUAGAGGGUUACCAAGGUCUCUGCUCCAUUAUGAUAAAGAAGACUGAGAAUGCAUCCCUCUUCCUUAGUGUUUACCACCUACCUACUUGCUAGGACCUGGGUCCAGAAUGAACAUAGCAGCAGUAUUUAACACCUUGCUAGUGUGUGUCCUUGCUGCUGUGCUGUGGAAGUAUAUCAAGCUGCAUGAUCAUGUCUUUGUGCUGGAAGAGGAGUUAGUCCUCAUGCGUCAGUCCCAGGAAAUCUCUCAGGUCAGCAUUGACUAUCAUGUCGCACUUCAAGCUCUGGUAGAAGAUGGCACCAAAAUGGUGUGUACUGGCAGGAUGCACACUGACCGUAUAUGCCGUUUUGAGUCUCUCUGUUAUUCUACCGAAGCUGAGGAAUUUGUCUUCUUCCAUAGCAGUUCUUCUGUUAUGCUUCCAAACUUGGGCUCCAGAAGAUUUCAGCCUGCCCUACUUGAUCUCUCCUCAGUGGAGGACCAUAAUACCCAGUAUUUCAAUUUUGUAGAACUACCGGCUGCAGCUCUGAAAUUUAUGCCAAAGCCUGUUUUUGUUCCUGAUGUAGCACUGAUUAUGAAUAGGUUUAAUCCAGAUAAUUUGAUGCAUGUUUUCCAUGAUGAUCUCCUUCCAAUUUUCUAUACAAUGCAGCAGUUUCCAGAUUUGGAUUUGGAGACCAGAUUGUUCUUCAUGGAAGGCUGGGGUGAAGGACUACACUUUGAGCUAUACAAAUUGCUUAGCAGCAAGCAACCACUCCUAAGAGAGCAGCUUAAAACACUUGGGCGGCUCCUGUGUUUCACCAAAUCAUACGUGGGUCUGUCUAAAAUCACAACCUGGUAUCAAUAUGGUUUUGUUCAGCCCCAGGGGCCGAAAGCCAACAUCUUGGUCUCUGGCAAUGAAAUCCGACAGUUCAAAACAUUCAUGAUGAAGAGGCUAAAUGUGAGCUUGGAAGGAAUACCUGGUGAGGAAUAUAUAAUAGUAUUCAGCCGAACCAUCAAUAGACUAAUCCUAAAUGAGGCAGAGCUAAUUUUGGCACUUGCCCAAGAAUUUCAGAUGAAAACCAUUACUGUUUCCAUAGAAGACCAUACAUUUUCAGAAAUAGUACGCUUGAUUAGCAAUGCAUCCAUGCUUGUCAGCAUGCAUGGAGCUCAACUUGUGAUGUCUCUCUUUCUGCCAAGAGGAGCCACUGUUGUGGAACUCUUCCCUUUUGCUAUAAAUCCUGAACAUUACACCCCUUACAAGACAUUAUCUACCCUUCCUGGCAUGGAUCUUCAAUAUAUUUCAUGGCAAAACACUGAAAAGGGGAAUACUGUGACUUAUCCAGACAGACCCUGGGAUCAAGGAGGAAUUGCCCACUUAGACAAAGCAGAACAAGAUCGCAUUAUUAAGAGCAAUGAGGUUUCCCGGCACCUGUGUUGCAGCAACCCGGAAUGGCUUUUCCGUAUCUAUCAGGACACCAAAAUUAAUAUUGCUUCCCUUAUCCAGAUCAUCAGGCAAACGGUGAAAACCAAACCAGGGCCUAAGAAGCAAAAGUGGACUAGUGGCCUCUAUCCAGGCAAAGUUAGAGAUGCUAAAUGCCAAGCCUCUAUCCAGGGUACCAGUGAAGCUAAGCUCUCUGUAUCUUGGCAGAUCCCUUGGAACCUGAAAUACUUGAAGGUCAGAGAAGUAAAAUACGAAGUUUGGAUUCAGGAGCAAGGAGAAAAUACAUACAUGCCUUACAUUUUGUCCCACCAAAACCAUACAUUUUCAGACAACAUUAAGCCGUUCACAAACUAUCUAGUAUGGAUCCGAUGCAUUUUCAACAAAAAUCUCCUUGGGCCCUUUGCAGAUAUGUUAGUUUGCAGCACAUAAUUGUUCUUUAGCUACUAGCUUCAAAGACGGCAAACCCAAUCUUGGUCUCCUGUUGUUUAAGAAGAUGGAUAAGAACUUGCAGACCAUGGUAGUGCCUACGUGCUACUUUAUUGCAUUCUGAAUGCCUUCUCUGUUCUGUGUAACAUUACAUCCAGUUAGUAGAUAAACUCUCUUAGUUAUUUAAAGAGGCAACAGGCAUGAGGCUACAAAAUUGGAGUGGAAUAAUUGUUUUGUCUUAUUGUUCUAGGAACUUUUCUGUCUCUCUUUUGUGUGGUAAAUCUUUUAAAUCUAGCUUUAUACUGGAAUUUAGUUAUGUUACUGAAUGUACAAUUUUAAAUUUAUUUUUGUUUGUUUCCUCAAAGGUCUGUAUUCCAGAGUAGAAAUUUGGUGCCAGAAUAUUUAUUAAAUUGUUGAAAACCUAUUCAAGCACCUUCUUAUUUGUCUUGGAUAUUUAUGCAUUAAAUAGAACUCUGUUCAAUCUGAAUAGGGGACCAAUGCUGAUAUGGUUGAAAAAGCCAACAAAAUAUGAUGUUUCAAAAUGACCUGAG